AUGAAUCCGCACGGUUUCCCAUCGCGUAUGACGAUUGGAAAGAUGAUCGAGUUGCUCGCCGGCAAGGCCGGUGUCGUCUCGGGCAAGUUUGGGUACGGCACAUGUUUUGGCGGUGACAAGGUCGAAGACCUCAGCAAGGUGCUCAUUUCCAAGGGCUUUAGUUAUGGUGGCAAGGACUAUGUCACCAGUGGUGUCACCGGUGAGCCACUCCAAUGCUUUAUCUUUUUCGGACCCAUCUUUUAUCAAAAACUCAAACAUAUGGUGAUGGACAAGAUGCACGCCAGAGCUCGUGGUCCCACCGUCACACUCACCAGACAGCCGACCGAAGGUAGAGCUCGUGGUGGUGGUCUCCGUCUCGGAGAAAUGGAGCGUGAUUGUUUGAUUGGUUAUGGUGCAUCGGCGCUCAUCAUGGAGCGUCUCAUGAUCAGUAGUGAUCGUUUCACAGUCUAUGCAUGCAAAGAAUGCGGGUUCCUCGGAUACGAAGGUUGGUGUCAAUAUUGUAAAUCAACACUUCAAGUUUCGACACUCCAAAUCCCCUACGCCUGUAAACUCUUAUUCCAAGAGUUACAAGCUAUGAAUAUUGUUCCAAAAUUAAAGUUGGUUGAUGCUUAA